UCAGUCCGUUGACAUGUCUGCCUCAGGUGUGAGAAGUGGAGACUGGGUAGGAAAGAGAGGGCGGUGGGUUCGGAUGUAAGGUAUGGCAUGUGGAUCUGAAGUGUGAAGGACCAACAUAUCCUGGACAGCUCUGUUAACUGUAUCUGUCCUCCCAUCCAGGUUCUGGGUAUAUCUGGACAUACACACGCUACACACACACACACACACUCGCCCAGAGCAAGAGGACCAAGAGCCCGGAUCCAGCACCAGUGCAAAACCAUGCCUCGUCUUUGUGUCUCAAUGCUGCUCUGGGUCGUCCUGCUGGGUCUCCUCUCUCUAAUAGGGGCUGAGGAAACAGCAGGAGAAGAAGGCAAAGCAGAUUUGGGGCGUGAGAAGCGCAGCAUGCCCAACUGGGCUCUGACCUCCUCUGACUUCUUCGGCUGGGUGGAGGCUCUGCGCGAGUACGCUGGUUAUGAGAAGAUUGAAGACCUGUCCAGAACCUUCUGGGCACACUUCCCAUCCGCCAGCCGCCUGGGCUAUGAGCUGUCCGACCCUGACGAGGAGUGACCACAACCACAAAUAUAAAAACUGGUGAAGGAUCAGUUUAGCCUUUUUUAGAUCUAAAAUAAUAAGUGUAUAUGGACAGGGGGACAGAGUAGGAAUGCUGAUCUAAGAUCAGGCCCCACUGUCCAUGUAAUCUGAUGAAUUGUGAUCUAAAAUAAAGAAACUGAUCCUAGAUCAGCACUCCUUCUCUGAGACGCUUUAUGAUUACAGGACCAGAACUAGAACCAACAUCUCUCUACUGCAUGCAAGUAGUGUAGAAUAUAGAGGCCUACUCUAUGUCCUCAGAGGACCCUGGAAAAGACAUGCAUUGACACUCACCAAAGAGGAGAAAAGGAUGGAUGGAAUGUCUGCAUGGAGGUCAUGUGAUGCUCAGUACUGUACGUGGGAUAGACAGAGAACACACGCUGACACCAGAUCAGGCCUCUCAUACACUUGACUUGUUUUGUGUCCAAGAACAAUAAAUCUGCCUGCGUUCUGUGUGUGAAACUGCUUUUCCACGACCCAAUUAAACUCCCAGGGCCCUGGAGAUUUAAUUCUU